UCGGGUUCUUCUCCAUUUUUCAUUUGCCCAAUUCAACCAAAUCAGCGUUCGAUGCUCUUCACUUAGGUCUAUAGCUUCUCCCUGUAUUACCAGUUCUAAGGUACUGUAAUUCCCUUCAGAAUUUGGUUCUUGUUUUGUGCCCUUCUGAAAGACACCAACCCAUAUCUCAGAAUCCUAAACAGGUUUGUGUCCAUUUUCUCCAAAAAGAAAGAAAAAAAAAACUAGGAGAUUGGUUCCCAAAAACUUGAUUAUGUUCUGUACCCGCCAUUUUCCUCAGCCUGUGUUCAUCUUGGGUUGGUCUUCGAACGCCAAAAUUUCCACGUUCUUGAAGGUGAAGAGAUUGAUUGCAAAAAUUCUUUAGACAGUCACUUUGGUCUCAAAAGGGAAUCUACUUUUCGUUUUAGUCUGUUAAUCCUUGUGAGCUGUAACUUAGCUUAAAUCCGUUGCUUGGUCUCACUUUAUGCUCUGAAAGUUCUAACUUUUCUCCUUGUCUAUGAUAAUAACAUUGAUAGGCCUCUCUCUCUCUCUCUCUCUUAACUUGAGUGAGGAUGAGCAUUGAUCUGAUCCUGGGUUUGUUUCCUUUUUGCUCUUUAGUCCCAUCGACCACUGUACAAAAAGCUGCAUAGUUUACUUCACUUGUUCCUUGUCGAGUCUUUCAAGCAAUCGUCCCAACUUUUGGAUUCCAGUUCCUUUAGAGAGAGAGAGAGAUUUUAUUUGGGUUUAAUCUUUAGGGUUUUAAAGGUUGGAAUCAAUAGGAAUGGAUGGUGAAGCUGGCGAAGAUGGCGAAAUGGGGUUUCAGCAUGGAGAAGAGACAGGUAUUGAAAUGACAUCAAUGCCCUUGUCUGCAAAGGUGGAUCCUUUCUUCCCUUCUUCAGACUGGGAUCCUCUUGUAUCUGCAAUGGCCUCAACCAAUGUCUUCUCCAGAUCUCAUUACACUUCCCUGGUAAUGGAGAACAUAGGGAUGAGUGGCUUUGCUCAUUACCAAACAGGCCCGGGGUCGAGUUAUGCAGACAUGUCGACUGGUUUUCUUCUUCCUUAUGGAAACUUGCCUGAUUGCAACCAAAUUGGUCAUUGUAUUGGUUCAGACGAGAAGGGUCAGAGUCAGCCAGGAAAGGUUCAUGAAGGUCAUCAAGUUUCAGAGGAUGGUGUUCUUCUUGGUGCUUCUCCUUGCAGAAAAAGACGACAACCUGAACCCGAGAUGGCCCUUUCUUCGCAACGGAACAAGAAAGCUGUGGAAGUAUUUCGAAAGAACGAUCAAAACAAAGAUCAAAGCAAGAACAGGAUCGAAUCUGAGAGGAACAUGGUUGAAGAUUCUGGUGGAAAGACACCGACUAAAGAGACAAAAGAAGAGGAGAACUCGCAGAGCGGAGAAACUCCUAAAGGAAACUACAUUCAUGUCAGGACAAGAAGGGGUCAGGCAACUAAGAGUCACAGUCUUGCAGAAAGGGUUAGAAGAGAAAAGAUCAGCGAAAGGAUGAGAUUGCUUCAAGAACUUGUCCCAGGAUGCAGCAAGAUCACUGGAAAGGCGGUAAUGCUCGAUGAAAUCAUCAACUACGUCCAGUCGCUACAGCAGCAAGUUGAGUUUUUGUCCAUGAAGCUUUCGGCGGUAAAUCCAGAAGUCAAAAUCGAUAUAGACAGAACUCGCGCCAAAGAUAUUCUUCAUUCAAGAGACGAAAACGGGUAUGUUCUCGGGUUAAGAACCGGAAUGAAUCUUCUUCAUCCUUACAACACCAUUCAAGGGAUAAUACCAAACAUUCCCACAACGAAUUCACAGCUUAAUCCGCUGUCUCAGACUGUAAUAGACACUGAACUACAAAGCAUAUACCAAAUGGUGCUUGUCUCGAAUACAUCAAACACAGACAGUUUCCCACCAGAUGGUGUGAAUUAAAACUUACCGUUCUCUUCAAUC